UCCCUACCACGUGUAGUGGUGGUGGUGUUGGCAUCACUGAAUGACACUAUUUCAACGUCUCUUGUCAAUUGUUGCCCUUUCCUUCCAUUACGGCUUAUUCUAGGUAUAGAAAUGGGUCGUUACGCUCGUGAACCUGAUAAUGCCGUUAAAUCGUGCAAAGCCCGAGGAUCAAAUUUGAGGGUACAUUUCAAAAACACCUCCGAGACCGCUAAUGCUAUUAGGAAAAUGCCCCUGAAAAGGGCGCAAGCUUAUCUUAAGAACGUGAUUGGCAAAAAGGAGUGCAUUCCUUUCAGACGUUUCAAUGGUGGUGUAGGCAGAUGUGCACAGGCUAAGCAGUUUGGCACAACACAAGGACGUUGGCCAAAGAAAUCUGCUGAAUUCCUCCUUCAGCUUUUAAGAAAUGCAGAGAGUAACGCCGACUACAGUGGCUUGGAUGUUGACAGGCUGGUCGUAGACCAUAUCCAGGUUAACAGAGCCGCAUGCUUGAGGCGUCGUACUUACCGUGCUCACGGUAGGAUAAACCCAUACAUGUCCUCCGCAUGUCACAUUGAGCUAUGGCUUACCGAAGGGGAGUCAAAUCCCCAACCCGUUACAAAAACUAAGGGAAAAAAAGCCCCCAGCGAAAAAAAGGCAGUGUUAUAAACUAAAUGAGUAAUUUAUGUAUAUUUAUUUUUUGUAUGAAAGGUAAAUAUACGUAUACUUUUAAAUAAAUUCAACUGCUUGACAA